AGCACAACAACAACCACUACUAAUAGCCCUUCUGCUACCACAGCCAUCAUCAAUACCACAACCACUGUUUCUACUGUUUCUAAAAUAUCUCCCACAUCCAAUGCCAUGAGCACCACAACUGAUAAUUCUGCCACCUCGAUUCGCACUAGCACUGCAGCUAAUUUAUCUUCCACCUCCAAUGCCAUCAGCACCACAAUUAAUAUUUAUACCACCCCGAUUCUCACUAGCACUGCAGCUAGUCUAUCUUCCUACUUCAAUGCUGCUAACCAUGCAUCUACCUUCUCUUCCACCUCUUCCAUUCCUGAUACCACUGCAUCCCACGUAUCUACCACCACCACUGCUAAUACAACUUCCGGAGUCUAUACAAUAUCUUCUACCUUGCCAUCCUCCAGUACUGCUAGCCGUACAAGUACUUUGGCAAAACCUACAACUUAUAACCCAACCACCGCAAUUUCAUCUGUGAAUGUUGGUUUAGUAAAAUGUUUGGACGCAGCAGAUUUUUACAACGGGGAUAUCAUAACGGUUCGCUGUCCAUCAUCGUGUGACGUCAGUCCUUUGGUUUGGGGAACAGACAUAUAUGAAAUUUAUUCAGACAUCUGUGCUUCCGCUAUACAUGUUGGAAGAAUAACCAGCAGUGGUGGAUACGUUACUUACCAAAAGCUACCUGCACAGGACUGGUACCAAGGAACCAAACGAAAUGGUAUCUUGUCCUAUGACCUCAGUUAUGGGGAAGGAUCUUUUACAUUUCUCUAGAACUUAGUUAUGUUAUAGUACAUGUGAACAGUUCUUGACUGUUUGUUAUUUAUGUAUGUAUUUUUGUGUUUAAUAGCUACAAUUCCUGGUUCCACCGCAAAGGGUUACUCCAAUCAAAAAUCAGUGGUUUAAGAAGAAGAAUGGUUUUGGUUAGAGUAACCCUUCGUAUCUUGGUCUCCCCUCAUGUCAAAGUUGAAAAAUAAAUAGAUCACAGGUAAAACUUAGCUUUGUUCCAACGCCUAUGUUUUCCACUCAGCACAAUCUUCCUUUUGGGGGAAGAAAGGGCAUGCCGCCAUUAGACUAUUGUUGCCAGUAUGGUAAAGAGUUUGUUUAGGUUUUGUGAGGGGUUGAAUGUAGUGAUAGGUAAAAAGGGAUUUUUAUGGCAUGAGGAGUUUGAAGGGUUAUAUGCAAAGUACUCACCCCCACAUGUCUACCGUAGUCCAUUCAGCUUCCUGUUAUUGAUGGCAGAGUUGCAAUAGCAUUU